AUGGACCCUGGGCUAUCCUCGUCCAGCAACGUCUCACCCGGGUCUGGACCGCAAGUUAAUCGAAAAGAACGCGGUGCUAUUGCAGCUCAGAUACCUAGGCUUGUGAGACGUGCCGCAACCGGAAACAAAGAUGCGAUGAACAAAGACCAAAGUGUGGUACAUGCCAAAGAUUCAAGCUCGAAUGUCGAUAUCGAGAACCUCAACCUACAAAGUAUGUUUCAAGAACAGCCCGGCCGUGGCAUGGUAGUGGUGAAGGACAAAACCUUGGUUGAGAUCUUGGAUCGACUCAAGAAUGUCGAAAGCAAAAUCGACAGCCUAGGUCUCCGCGACAAUGCGACUUCUCCGCUCUUAACCAGUUCCCAGCCUUCUGAUGUGUAUUGUACAAAUACGUCACUGCUGGUAGAUCCCGAGACCCAAGAUUCCCUUGCAGGGACAUCUCUUUCACCAACAAGCCCGACACCCAACAUUGACACAGGUGGCUAUCGCUAUGACUCGUCUGUUUCCAAGAUGUCGGAAUGGCCUGUCAUACGCCAAAUGUUUGAAAGCCUGGGCCAGAAGCCUCCAUCGCCCUUGGGCGAAAUCCCUGCACUUCCAGGAGGGCUCCGUGACUCUACCAUUACUCUGCCCUCUGAUGGUGUCCAACCAGUAGGAAUACCAAGCAACAGCGCCAUGCAAGUACCUUUACACCUCUCUGGCUCUUCCUCCUCGACCCUAAACCUGAGCCCUCCGAGUAUAGAUUGGGAAACGAUGCAAAGACUUACCAAAAGCUUUUUUGAUGUGAUCAAUAUUCUUCAUCCCAUUAUGGAUCGACAAUGGUUCAACUCGAAUACGCUAAGCUCGAUUCUUAGCAACGGGUUUCAAGAAGGGGCAAUAUCUUCCCUUGUACUGCUUGUCUUUGCUCUUGGAGAAGUGGCACUUACCACGUCCGAGGUGCCCAUCUCGGCGUACAAACAAAGACCGUCUGGAAUCAAGGGAGGAACUAUUGACCGGCCGCCCGGACUUGCCUACUUUAACGAGGCACGGAAAAGAAUGGGAUUUGCUCUCACUGAGAUCAGCCUGGAAAACGUGCAGAUGUUUGCACUUGCUUCCGAAUGUUGGAGAAUGACUGUCUAUGCAUCUUUAGCCUGCCAGGCUCUCGUAACCAGCAAACCCAGUGAACUACAUGGCCCUCGAACGGAUUUGAUCAAACGUAUAUUCUGGCACUGUUCAAUUAUGGAAACCUGUUUUAAUAUGGAGUUCGGACUCCCCCUGACCGGGCUGGAGAAGUUCGAGGAAACCAUGGGCCUCCCAGACUUCAGUGGACCGAUCACUGACGAAGACUACAUCUGCAAUCAGGCAUCGCAUUUUCACGAGCAUUUCGCAUCCCAGAUUGUACUCCGGAGACUCUCUGUCAAUCUCCAUUCCGUUCUGAAUAAAGUCUUUGGCGUCGAUAGAUCCCUCUCCUUUCCUGGGUUUGGUCCCUUCAAUGGUUCAACCAGUCCUGGCAAUGCGGCCGUCAUGAAACAGCUCGAUGCACAACUCGAUCAGUGGCGGGGCAUGUUACCGAGCCAUCUUCGAUGGCAGGAUAUCCAAGAUGUAGCCUUCUCAGAUCCUUCACACGUUGCUUUUGGCGACGUGUAUACUGGGCAACCUCUGCAAAGCAAUCGCAUAUUUACACCAGAUCUUGAUACGCAGCCAGCGACGUACCCUUUCGCGGCCGACAUACAUAUUGCCCUCCUUCGAACCCGAUACAGUUACAACAAAUACCUCAUAUACCGUCCUUGUAUAUUCAAAGCCCUUCAUCAUCCAGAGAGCCUGACUCGAGAAGAUGCUGAAGGUGCGGCUGAAUGCCUCAAGGCGUCCCUGAAGUGGCCCAUCACUUUGUCCCCUCCUUGCACCAACAAACGGCUUGUACCAAUCACAUUCUUUUGGUCUCAGAAUUUGUUUGGCAUUCUCGUUCUACUACAUUUAUCACAGCAGCACCCAAUGUUGCUUCGAAUUCGGUCGUCACUUUGCGGACAGAACUUUGAUGUGGAAGCUGCACAGACUGUUACAGUAUAUCUUGAUUGGUUACGCGACAUGAAGAAAAUUGACUCGACGGCGAACUGGUGCUGGAAUAUCAUUCGCUUGGUCUAUAGAUUGGACGAUUAG